GUGCUCUUGGCACUUGUCGACUUUCUACGCACCAAAGAUCAGGAGGUGUUGUUGCAUACCGCUCGAGCCAUUCAUGUGCUGAGUCGAGAGGCGAAGUUCUGCGGCCUGUUGGAGCACGUCGGCAUCAGUGAACUAUUUGUUCGUAUGAUUGGCGCUUCGAGUCCUGCCUUUCAGAUUGCCGCUGCUGGUACCAUCGGGCGCAUUUGCAAAGUGGGCCAGAACAGCGAGAGCCUGGCCAGACAGUUGACCUCGGCUCAAUGUAUGCGUGGCACCGAGAUGCGGGCAUCACAUGAAACCUGA